AUUUGUUCAUUUUCUUUGUCUACAAGUUUAUACGAAAAAUUGUACGAAGUGAGAAAAGUGUAAUAUUCAAAUAUGCCAGCAGUGGGGAUUGAUUUGGGGACUACAUAUUCAUGCGUGGGUGUAUGGCAACACGGGAGCGUCGAUAUCAUAGCGAAUGACCAAGGAAAUCGUACAACACCGUCCUAUGUUGCUUUUACCGACACUGAACGCUUGAUUGGAGACGCUGCAAAGAAUCAGGUAGCUUUAAAUCCUAGUAACACUAUUUUCGAUGCUAAACGCUUGAUAGGACGCAAGUACGAUGACCCUAAGAUCCAACAAGAUUUAAAACAUUGGCCGUUCAAAGUCGUUAACGAAGGUGGGAAGCCAAAAAUCCGAGUAGAAUACAAAGGAAUGAUUAAAACUUUCGCUCCAGAAGAAAUAAGUAGCAUGGUGCUGAUAAAGAUGAAGGAGAUCGCAGAAGCGUACCUCGGAACCAAAGUUCGUGAUGCUGUAAUCACGGUUCCUGCUUAUUUCAACGAUUCUCAAAGGCAAGCGACUAAAGAUGCAGGAGCCAUCGCUGGGUUGAAUGUUCUGCGCAUUAUAAACGAACCUACAGCCGCUGCCUUAGCUUACGGACUUGACAAAAACUUGAAAGGAGAGCGGAAUGUCUUGAUCUUUGAUCUAGGCGGUGGUACAUUUGAUGUAUCUAUCCUUACUAUCGAUGAAGGAUCUAUCUUCGAAGUAAAGGCUACAGCUGGAGACACACAUCUGGGUGGUGAAGAUUUUGAUAAUAGACUGGUGACUUUCUUGGCUGAAGAGUUUAAACGCAAACAUAAGAAAGAUCUUAGGAGUAAUCCCAAGUCUCUACGUCGAUUGAGAACAGCUGCAGAGAGGGCUAAGCGAACUUUGUCAUCAAGCACUGAAGCUACUCUUGAAAUUGACGCUCUAUAUGAAGGCAUUGACUUCUAUAGUCGCAUAUCACGUGCUCGUUUCGAAGAGCUCAAUUCAGAUCUCUUCAGAGUAACCUUAGAACCUGUGGAGAAAGCCCUUAAAGACGCUAAGUUGGAUAAAAACUCAAUUCACGAUAUUGUUCUGGUGGGUGGUUCGACCCGUAUUCCAAAAGUUCAGAAUUUGCUUCAGAAUUUCUUCAACGGAAAAAAAUUAAAUCUUUCGAUUAAUCCUGACGAGGCCGUUGCAUACGGAGCCGCUGUUCAAGCUGCCAUAUUGUCUGGAGACAAAGAUUCUAAAAUACAAUCUGUCCUACUUGUCGAUGUUACGCCUUUGUCUUUAGGCAUAGAAACAGCAGGAGGCGUGAUGACCAAAAUCGUCGAACGGAAUGCUAAAAUCCCUUGCACCCACUCCCAAACCUUCACGACGUACAGUGACAACCAACCAGCGGUAACUAUUCAAGUUUACGAAGGGGAAAGAGCGAUGACUAAAGAUAAUAAUCUGUUAGGAAUUUUUGAUUUGACUGGUAUACCACCCGCUCCUAGAGGUAUACCACAAAUUGAUGUCAGUUUUGAUAUUGACGCGAACGGGAUACUCAAUGCGACAGCUAAAGAAAACAGCACUGGUAAAAGCAAGAAUAUUGUUAUAAAGAAUGAUAAAGGAAGACUGUCACAAGCUGACAUAGACAGAAUGUUAUCUGAUGCUGAGAAAUAUAAAGAAGAAGAUGAUAUGCAAAGAGAGAGAGUAUCAGCUAGGAAUAAGCUUGAGACGUAUGUUUUUGGAGUUAAACAGGCUUUAGACGAAAGUGGCGGUAAACUGAGUGAAAACGAAUGUUCUAUGGGUAAACGUAAAUGUGAAGAAACGUUGCGUUGGUUAGAUGGUAACAGUUUAGCUGAAAAAUGUGAAUAUGAAGACAAAUUCCAGGAAAUUAACAAAGUUUGUGCUCCAUUGAUGAAGAAACUCCAUGUCGGAUCUGGUUCACGCGCAGAAAAGGACGGUCCUGUCAUAGAAGAGGUAGAGUAGUUUUGUUUAAACGUAGUAGCUGUUGUUGUUUUAGUUAAUAGUUGUUGUUUUCAGUUUCCUAAAUAAAUUUGUUUUUUCUUGUUGUUUUACUUUAGAUUGUCUCGACAAAGGGUCUAAAAUAAAUAG